AUGUCUAUUGGCGACAGCACAAUGGAAUUGGCGACGACCACGACGGCACGAUACGCCAAUGGAGGUGGUGGUGCGGGUGGAGUUGGCGUCCCAGUACCACCGUCGGCCACGGGUAGUAGUGGGCCGUCGUCCGGUGAGAGUUCGAGCCUUCCGACCGCACCGAACACCAGCAACACCAGCAAUAACGGCACCGCCGGUAACAAUAGUGCGAACAAUCUGAAGCGAAGCAGUAUGCGGCUUAUCGCGAAUGGGGCGCCAUCCGCCGCCCCGUCCGCAUCAACGCCCGCCGCCGUCGCCGUCGGGGUGGGUGCAUCGUCAGCGGCACCUGCAGCUGGUACGGUGGCUGCAACAGCAUCAACCACGUCUUCAACGGCAACCGCGGUCAUCGACACCGUCGCCUCAACCGUGUCCUAUCACCGACGACCGUAUCCGGAUGCGGCGCUACAGGAGGACGCACGGUACAACGGUGCUCCGGGAGGUGCCCUAGGGAAUGGUGCUGGUGCUAAUGGUACUGCUAGCAAUGGUGCUGCCAAUUUGCAUCCCGCCCUAAUGCAGCUUCAGCAGCAGCAGCAGCAGCAACAGCAUCAUCCGCAGCACAGCAACGGCAAGCUGCUGAUGGGAAGCGGUAAUGGUAGCCCGACGUCCGGCGGCCCGGAACGGAUGCUGAUGAGCGGGGUGACCUCCGUUAACGGAAACGCUAGCAACAACAACAGCAACAGCACCAACGGCAAUCAGACGCCAACACCGACGAUUGUCCCCGGCGGGGGCAACAACACCAACGGCAACAGCAUUCUAACGCAGGCCGGUCUGGAGGAGUACAGCCGGGCGUACUACGAGCAGACGACGAUGUACCAUCAUCAGAAGCAAUCGUCCUACGCACAAUCGGAGGGUUAUCAUAGCUACGUGUCGAGCUCUGACUCAAGCUCCACGCCGUUCCUUGAUCGGCUGCGGCAGGACAGUGAGCUGCUUCUGUCCCGAUCGUCCCACAACUGGUCCCAGCAGGACCUGCAGCAGCUAACGUCCUCGACGAGUAGCAACAUCGGCGAUAAUCAUAGCUCGGCCGAAAGUAACAGUUCCUCGACGGAAACGCUCAAAUGGCUCGGCUCGAUGAGCGACGUAUCUGUGGCGAGCCAUGCGACGAGCACGUCCGCUUUAUCCAGUGCCGGUUCAACCUCGCAGCUGAUCGCGCACAGUUCGCGAGUCCGCACACCUCAGCGCCACAAUUCCGAGAGCAUCCUGUAUAUGUCGAACGAUGACCAAUCGACGCUCGGCGGUGUGUCCCAGUCAACGGGCUCGCUUCACAAUCACAACCACAUGCUGACGCAUCGCCAGCAACAACAACAACAGCAGUCACAUCCCCAGCAUAACCAUCACUUCCAUCGGCACCAGCCACAUCGGCACAGUCAUUUGCAUGCGAACGGUGCCACCGGCAACACCCAUCAUACGCCGUCAUCUGCUUCGAGUACGGGAACUACCGGAUCGGCAUCAAGUGCGACGGCUUCUGCUGCCCAGCCGCCACAAGUAGUUCCACAGCAACCAUCGCCGACGGGAUCGUCGACGCAAUCGUGCAACGGUUCCGCCCCGAACAUUCGCUCUAGUCGUAGCAAUAAUCGAUUGUUUCCUAUCAGCACGUACACGGAACCGCCUGGAAGUGGUGGUGGUGGUGGAGGAGGCGGCGGUGGUGGAGGUGGGAUCAACAACAGCAGUAAUACUGGCAAUAUUCCGCAGACCAACGGUGGUGGUUCGAUGCUCGAUUUCAAACAACUCAAUUCACACAACUGGCAAUCGGUGGCGGAGCGAAUUAACGAACUGGAAAAGCAUCAACAGCAACAGCAUCAUGGGAUAAACCUGCAUAGCAGCAGUACAUCGAAUUUGAAUGGGAGUAGUACUGGAGCUGGUGGCGGUCAGGGAAACAAACCCCAUCUCAAUCAACACAAUUUAUCAUCAAUUUCCAAUGGUUCUUCGAAUUCUUCGUUAACAUCACCUGGCAAGCAACACCAGCAACAACAACAGCGUUACACCUAUUUCGAUCCAAGUAAAACACACCGUGUGUCGAACCCAUCGCUGAAGGCAUUCCAGAAAAACGCUGUCAUUUCGUACUUUGAGCGACAACAACAACACGCCCGAGAAAGCAUUCACUCUCGUCCGAGCUCGCUUAAUCUAUCGGCAACGUCCGCCGGCAAUAGUGGGGGCGCUACCAAUGCUGGAGCAUCUCCGGGUGCAGCUUCAAACUCAAAGUCUCAACCCGGUGGAAGUCCACCCGGCGUAUCAACGCCCGUCAUCAGUUCCCAUUCGCAGCGAUCGUCCAUAUCGAGUGCGUAUUCGUCAGCUGCUGGUAGUAUGAUGGAGCUAUCUAGUGCCUCACUAUCGAUGGGAAGCUACUCACCCCCAAGCAGUCUUGCUGUACAGCAACAACUGGACAAGUUAGCCGUGAACAAUCUGCGGAAUCAACUUGCAUCGGUCCAUACGAUGAAUCUGCUGAACAAGGUGGUACCUCCACCUAGCAUACAACCGGAGGUGCAGCAGCAUCAGCACCACCAACAUCAUCAGCAGCAAAUGAUCAGUAACGCAACGUUGAUUCUAGCGUCGGCAUCAACAAAUGGGUUACCCACUGCCCCAGGGUCUAGUAUGGGUGAUUCGAUGAGUGAAAGUCAUGAAAUGAUCUCGACACUUGAUGGUGCGCCACCUCCACCGCCUCCGCCGAGAAACCGUGCCUCAAUGCUUCCAAUGGGUAGUGCGGUACCGUAUUCACCCUCAGCUCACAUGGCUACAGUGAGAAGGACAUCAUCCGCUUCAGAAUACUCCUCCAUACGAGACAAGCUGAUUCAGCAACGCCAGCAACUCUCCAAGGACUUACUCGGACCGAUGAUAAUGGGUCCAAUUAUUGCGCUCGACGACUGGGUACCGGAGCGUCCACCCAAAAAUCCAAUGCUUCGGAUACCGAGUCCCGAACUACCGCCACCUCCUCCGAUGCUAACACCGACGGAAGACGUACUACUGAUCAAUCAAGACGAACCGUUGCCUCCGCCACCACCGGAGUUGUUACGCCACAUGCGACAGCUAAGCGAUUCCGGAGACUGUCGAUCAAACUCCGCUAGCCGUAGAAACAGUUUCGCCGGUCAGACGAACAAAAAGAGCCUUUAUCGGGCCUCCACGUUUGAGAAUCUUUCUCCAGCCAAUGCACCACCUGUUGGGCAACAUCCACAAAAUGUUGCCGUGGUGCCUCCGAUGGUGCCGAAGAAACCACAGCAGUGUUCACCAGGUACGGAAGGCCCGACGAAUGUUCACCGUCGUCCAGCAUCGAGUAUGGCAAAGACACAAACGGUUCCUUCGAUGGCUUCCACGGUAAGCAAUGGUAACGGUGGAGGAAUGCAGUCAACGCAUCAUCAUCAUCACCAUCAUCGAUUGUCCCAUCAGAUGAUACCCAACGGAAGACUCUCUCAAGACCAACAACAUCAUCGGCUAUCGUUGCCACUACAACAAACAUCAACGGCAACCGUGCAAUCGGGACUGCUGAUGCAUGCAUCACCGCAGCAGCAGCAGCAACAACAACAGGCAAAUUUUGUGGCUGGUCGACAAUCCGAUACACGCAUUUCCGUGCGUAAGCGUGCUCACAACUCGCAGCAGAUCCCUGUUUCGGAGUAUCUGAUGAAAAUGAAUGGAGUUUCGCAAAACGGUACUACACCACCGCCACCAUUAAAACCACGCAUGCCAGUGCAACCGCUGGCCGAAUGCAAUGGGCAGCAGCCUACACUGCAGCAAAUGCAGCAACAGUUCCUGCAACAUCAACACCAGCAGCAGCUACAGCAACAGCAGUUCCAGCAACAGCAGCUCAUUUCGAUGGGAAGCAAAAGCUGCACGAGCAAGGACUACUACAUCUACCAUGUAACGAGUCCCGAAACGGUUACUUCGAUCGCAAAGGAUGACGAUGGAAAACGCACUGACAGCAGAAGCAUUAGCUCGGUGUAUACACUGAACUGUCGUCAUGGUGGAAGUGACGCGAUUAGCAGUGAUGACGACGACGAUGACACUGAUGGAACAGUGUCCACCUCUACCACCUGCUCCGUUAUCUCCUCUUCCUCUUCCUCUGGCCAUUCGGCUACACGCAACUGGCUGGAAUUGCUGAGUCCGAGAAUUCCUAGUCCUUUCAGGAUGAAACGCACCAUUGCGUUGACGAGCAACUCGAAGGCUUCCUACCUACCGAGGCAGCCACGUGACAAGCUGCACUCUGACCCCGACCAUGGUAGCUACAAGCUAACACUGACAUCGAACGAGGACUGCAUCAAUCACAACAGUAACACCGGCGCCACCACCACAACGACCACGCCCAGCACGGGUGGAGCGAGUGGCGGACAUGAUGGGUUCCCGGAGGAGAUCAUCUCCUCGUCGCCCAAAUGCAAUCUACCGGAUGUGCUUCCGCCCGGUGUGAAAUAUUCCAUUUACUCCACCAACAACAAUAACAACAAUAACGUGAACAACAACAACAGCAUCAACAAUCAUCAUAAUGGCGUCGGUAUUAUCAAGCCGAAGCACGGUGGUCCCCACUCCGCACCGAUCAUUUCGACGGCCAAUAGUCUGAAGUCACUGUUUAACUUCAGCACCAACUCAUCGUCCGACACGAAGGACCGUGAUGGGCCCGUAAUACCCAACACUCCACCGGCACUGAUGUUCAAUGGCAAUGUGAGUCCCCCGCUAGCGCAGAUUCAAGCCACCUCGCCGAAGUACACCUCCCAGUCAUCGUUCGAUCUGAAGAAAACACAAAUUCUGGACACUGGCGAUGCACACUGCAAUGUCUACCAUCUCCACAACGGCACCGUUGGCGGGAACGGCAUUCUUGGUCUGCCGACGACUCCCACCACAAACAUGAGCGCCACCGCCACGCUGACCUCGAUCGCGUCCAUCAACCACACCGUGGUGGAGGAGACGGAAUCGGACGAGGUAUCGACGGCGCAUACCACGCCCGACGAUAGUGUACCGCCGCCGCUUCCCUCCACACCCUCACCGGCACUCAGCAACGGUCCGUCCAGCUGUCUGGUGUGGCCACCGGCACAAACUGUAAAUAAUUGCAAUGAAAAUUCCGAAAAUCUGACCAAUUUCGAGCAACAGCAGCAACACCAACACCACCAGCACGAAAGCACGGGUACCGUUGGUUCCGCGUGUGCCAGCUCCGAACGGGCCGUGACGGAGGCAGCCACCGACAGUGAAGUUUCGCCCGCCAGCACGUCCGCACGCGACGAUGCGUUGCCGUCGAUCGACGCAACAACAACAACCGCAACGGAAGCAACAGUCCCAGUCGAAGUUGUCGUGGCCAAAGAGCAGGAAGGAGAAAGUUGCCCUAGCGGGUCCGAUGUGAUUGUGAACGGUGUUGGUGGUAGUGAGCAUCAUUCGGUGUGUAAUUCCACCGCGUCCAGCCCAUCCAGUGGUUCGCCGGUACCGGGUCUAGAACGCGUCACGAAAGAGAUCAACCUGACGCCGUCAGCCGACGGCGAAGCGGUUGUGAGUGAGCUUCCCGCCAGCACAACGCCACUGCAACGGACUGAAAUAGUACUGCGCGUACAAGCACCAACAUCUGAAGCGGCCUCACAGACAGACAGUAACGAUACCGGGUCGAUUCUGAGCCGUGGUAUCGCCGAGCUAACGAUCGAUUGUGGCCGGAAGCGUACGGAUCCCGAAGUGACCCAGGUUAGCUCCAGUCAGCAGUCAUCCAACGGUACGGUCACGUCGGUUGCGACAUCCACCACAUCCAGCCCGGCCGCAACACCACCCGGAACGCCACCGAGCGGUAAGGAGCAGGCGCAAAAGUUCUUUGCACCUGUGCCGUCCCCACCACCACCGCCGACACCGCGUAAGCUUCACCCGGAGGAGAUCGAUUGCGAUAAGCUGUCGCACGAUCUCGUCAGUCAACUGUCACCAUCGGAUAAGCUCCACACCAUACUGGCGCCGAAAACAUUCAAAUCCACGUCGGACUACGUGUCCGACCUGUUCAACAUCCAGAUUGCACCCCGGCCGCUCAAGAAGGAUGCAUCGACCGCAACACCGACGGAGUCGUGUGGCGGAACACCGAAAAGCCCGCUCGGUAUUCUGACGUCCAGUUCGACCUACUUUCAAAUCUCCGAACCGAAGGCGAAGCUGAUGACGCGCUACAGCCGUGAAAUGACCCUGAUCAAUGGUGAUUGCUGUGAUCUGACCAAGAAGAAGGAGGAACUUGUCCAACGGCUCGGCAAGAAGCUACUAGUCCUAACCAACGAGCAAACCAACAUCGCGGAGGAGAGCAACGCGAACGAUCUACUCGGCAACGAUGUCGCGCUGAAGGUGGCACAGAAGGUACGCCCCACUGACGCCUCCAAGUUCCGCUCGUACGUGGACGACGUUGGGUACAUUACGAUGCUGCUCCUGUCCCUGUCCGGGCGGCUUGCCCGUACCGAGAACGCCCUGCACAUGAUCGAUGCUAACCAUCCGGAUAAGAAGAUUCUGGAAGCGAAGCGGGAACGAUUGCUCGAGCAGCUAGACGAGGCGAAGCAGCUGAAGGAUGACAUCGACCAGCGCGGCUCCACGAUCGCCCGCAUCCUCGAGCAGUCGCUCACGAUCGAGGAGUACGCGGAUUACGAUUACUUCAUCAACAUGAAGGCAAAGCUGAUCGUCGAUUCGCGCGAAAUCGCCGACAAGAUUAAGCUCGGCGAGGAGCAACUGGUCGCCCUGAAGGAUACGCUAGUGCAGAGCGAAUGCUAG